AUGUGGAACAAAGUUAAACAUUUUACCUUGUCCGGACACACGAAAAAUGUCACGAUUAAAGUUUAUAAUGAUGGAGGAAAGGGUGCAAUACUUGCAUCUUUUAGCAAUAAGGUGGUCACAGAUGGUUCAUGGGAAUGUGCAGUUAUGGAUAGGUGUAUUUCAUCAGACUGUGAGAGUUUUGUAGCUACUAAAUGGAGCAAUGCCAUCGCAUAUGGUUUCAACAUUGAAGACAGUGACAGAAAGUCACUAGAAAAAAUAAAUGAAAUCAAAUCAACAGCGCAAUGGAUAUGGGUAAAGAACGGGGAGGCUGAAAGGGAAUGGUGUAGAAAGAGGUUUGGUAAGUUAAGUCGUGCCGUGGGUGGAAUAGUUACGGUUGCGCUGAUUAUGCUGACAUGGCGUAGUUUUCUUCUGAUGCCGUUACGUGCGUAACUAAAACCUGGUAUAUCUAUAACUGGUCUCUGUAGCUCAGUUGGUUAGAGCGCUGCACCGGACCGCAGGUUUGAUUCCUGCCAGAGGACCUACUGUUGCAUUUUUCGCAACCGUUUCUGUCUCUAAAUUUUGAAGGAUUUGUAAGAAAUGUUUGAGCAAACUGACUGAAUGUUAACCAAUGAGUCAGUUCACUUCAAAAAUAAAUCCUUCCAAACUUAGAAUUUAUCGAUGCAAAAUUCCCACUGUGAUCACAUGCAGACACUUUGACAAAAUGCUGUGCUGAGUGGUUAUAUUACUACCUUAAAUAAUAAGCAGAAACUCGACGUUUCGAGCGAAGGCCCUUCGUCAAGAGUUAGUAGCGAAGGGCCUUCGCUCGAAACGUCGAGUUUCUGCUUAUUUUUUAAGGUAGUAAUAUAACCACUCAGCACAGCAUUUUCACUUUGGUACUACCUUCACUGGUACAGACAGUUUUAGACACUUUGACACCAGGCUCAAUGAUUGUAUGUUAAGUGAACGUCACGCAACCUGUGUCACUGUGUUGCCAAUCUUCACUCUGCUUUGUUGUGAUCAGGUAUUAGUUGACUCUAGAAGUGCUUACGUCACGCAAUUUUCAAUCCAUCUAAACAUUAGGUAUACGCAAUGCAAUGUGGGAUACAUGUGGGUCAAAUAUUCGUUGUUUGACAGUGACGCGACGUAAGGACUAUUGGGACGAAAGUCCUGUUCCUCAUCCGAGUCCUGUUCCUCAUCGCAGUCCUGUACGUUGUCUUAUAACAUGUUAUGUAUAUCAGUGUCAUUGUAAACAUUUGUGAUGAAUUUAAUAAUAAAAUAGUUGAGAGGUAUUGAGAGUUCAGCGCGGUAGCGGCAGCAUUGUUGAAAUCGCAAAACCUGCACGGCUGCAUUACCAUAUGGUACACGUGCAAAAAGACACGCUUUGUCUUUCGAUGAAGAUCAUGCGAAAUAAAAAUUAAAAGUCAGUGUUGCAAGAUACUGCAUGGUACAUACCUUCGUUCAAGGCCAUCAUUUUGGCAUAACUUAUGAUUGUCUUGAUGCGAAAAUGAUAAUUAAUAGACAUAAAUAAACCGGAAUUGCCCAAUUUAAAGUGCCUAUGCGAGAGUUUUUUUUAUGAUUGAAUUGCACAGUUCAUUUGAAAUCAUAAUGUAACUUUUUUUUCUAAAACUUUUUUGUUAUCUUUCCUGUAUGUCAAGAUAUUGGACUUUGUUUGGCAUGCAAAUAUGACUUAAAUGACGUCACACUGCAUACAUUUUACAGAAGACUGUUUUUUAGCUUGAUAAAACUGUCGUUAACUCAAAUUUGCAGACGAAAUGAUAGCUUUGAUAGUUCCUAAAGUAUAUAACUUUAAAUGUCAGUGGAAUUAUCACAUGUUUGGCACGGAAACAUUUUCUUUCUAAAAACUCAUUAUGCAGUGUGACCAGGGAUGCCGGAACGAUAAUAAGGCAAAGGGGGGCGGACGCACACCAACGGCACCUCUAUAGAGCAAAACUUCAAAAUCUACCGGAAAUAUUUUUUUCAAUGGAAAUUUUUGGGCGAACCCCCCCCCCUCGCCAAAAAAUUUUCGCCAUUUUUGGGGUCAAAAAUUUUUUCCGUACAUACCAAAAUUUUCCGUGAAGUCAAAAAUUUUUCCGCAUAUCUUUAAUUUUCGCCAUUUCUUCAAAAUAUUUUUCUAAAUUCCAAAAAUUUUCAAAAAUUUUUAUAAAUAUAAACUAUAAAUUACCUGAAUCUCAUGAUUUUCCUACAAAAAGCAUCGUUGGAAAUGUGAUUUAUCACGUAGUAUUUUACAACCAAAAGGGCACUUCUGCCCCCCCCUAGCAAAAGGCAAGGGGGGCAGCCGCCCCCCCCCCUGCCCCCCCAGUUCCGGCGUCCCUGAGUGUGGCGUCAUUUAAGUCGCAUUUGCACACCAAACAAAAUCUCGAAUAUCUUGACAUACAGGGCUUUGAAAAUCUGCUCACGAGGGCGUGACGGGCGUCAAAAACAAUGAACGCUUCGCCCGCGCGGGCAAAGCGAACGUUAAUGGCAAACGGCCUUAACUCCGGGGCGAGGUACUGCCUACGGGGCGAGGGUACUAAUUCCGUUCGGCUAUUUACACCCGGGAGAAAGAAAGCAAGCCGACUGAAUCUCGUACCCAGAGCAAUGCCUGUGCGCGGGCUAGGAUGGCAUUGGCUCUGGGGAAAUUGAAUUUUUCCUGUGCUGUGAUUGGUUUAACGUUUGUCAAUCGUGCAUGCCGACAAAGAACCGGAACCCCUAAAUUUAGGGGUUCCGGUUGUCAAUUUCCCCAGAGCCAAUGCCUUCAUAGCCCGCGCACAGGCAUUGCUCUGGGUACGAGAUUAGUAAGCCGAUUGAAAAUUUUAUCGAUGAACGCGGGCACGUGAUCAUGGUUCAUGUGUGUAUGGGUGGUCAGCUCACUGAUCUCAAAAAUAUGACGAACUAUCGAUUAGGUGCAAAAAUUACAUAUCGAGAUAAUUGGUCAGAUUAUAUCCUCGUUCUCUGUGCUUAUUAUAGCCGCCUGCGUUUACGUAACCCCUGGGAACGUGGCUGUUCUGAUUAUAAAGUGUUCAUUGAAUAAAGAUCUGUUAAUUUGGUCCGUUUGGAUAGCAUCAAAGUGUAAAAAUUCAUUAAUUAAUUCUAGGUCGUGGUAAUGGUAGUGUUCCUAAAAUAUCCAGUACCAAUUCAUUUCCUCACACGAACUAAUUCAUUUGAGAUGUGUGACCAAUUAUCCACAACUUCGUGUGUUUAAUUAUUAUUGGUCAUUUCCUGCCUCCUUAUGAUUGGUCAAUUGCACCAAAACCAAAAGUGAUUGGUGCAUUCAACAGUAGAGUACCAAUUUUACAGGAAUUUAUCAAAUUUUCAUUAUUAGCACAUUUUUGUCAUGGUUGCUUCUAUUUUUGACUCCACCAAGAUUUCCUCGAGUUUUUAUCAGCCGUUUUCAAAUUACUGUCAUGCCCAAAUUUGCAUAAAACAAGUUGAAGGCAGUAUAUAACAGAACUAAUCAUCUAUAAUUUUUCUUGCAGCAGUUUCAUCGUCGAAUCAACAGUCAACUCAGUCCUCCACCGCAACCAUUCAAGGUAUGAAUGUGUGAUUAUAACCCAAAUCCAAUGUAGGUAGUCGUUUGUUAUGUUGGCGGCUAUGCGUUGCAUGAACGACAGGACAUGUGCCUUUCUUCUACGUUUCCUCCAUGAUGUAGUUGUAUAUGAAUAGUAAGGUUUUGACGGAUGGAAAUUUAGACCUAUCUGGGAGUAGUUUCCAAAGAAUACAACUAUAGGACCUGACUCGUCCCCACGCCUCGGGGCAUUCCCAUGGUCCUUUGCGUUAUAAGUAGUGUUAGGGACUGUGGAAGAGUCAGCUAUAGGACCUCCCACUGAGCAUAGAGUCCUGUUGCCAAGAGCCAACCACACACUGGAAAAUAUUUUGAAAAUCCAUAGAAGGUCAUAGAAUGGAAAUUGUAUGGACCUACAAUUAUGACCUAUACAAUUAUGACCUAUUAUGACCUAUAAUUAUGACCUAUUAUGGACCUACAAUUAUGAGUUUAUGACCUAUGUAUAUAUAUACUAUGGAUUUAGUUAAUUUUAGUGGUACAAUUGUAAAUUUCAUAGUAUGGAUUUCACCUUUUUUUUCCAGUGACAUGUUCAUGUAUAUCAUGGUUCGUAUGCCCCCUGGAAAUCCUGGAAAACCCUGGAUUUUUAUUUUACUUCUAGAAACUCCUUGAAAAAUCCUGUAGUUAUUCUAGAUUUUGACAUCUAGACCAGAAUGUUGCGAGAUUUUUUGUAGAUGGAAAUUUCGAUUAAACCUAACCGCGAGAGUGGAGUUGUGAAAAUGCCACUAUAUAGAGCCUCUAAGAAAGGGCGAAAUAGCUAUGCUAGAUCUAGUAUCAAUUGUUCAUUCCUGUGUUCCUUUCAUCCUACAUAAUAAUAACAUUUCACUUUCUUUUUUAGAUGGAACAGCUACUACAACCUCUACUGUAAUUGGUAUGUCUGUGUUCGUUUGUGUUCAAUUUAAGUUGUUUUCAUUUCUAUUCAUACUUAGCUAUGAAGGGCAUUCAGAAUGACAGGAAAAUUGUAUUCCUUCCAUAAAACCAAACAGAAAACUUUUUUGAAAUUUUGAAAAACAUAUGAAUUGUGCUUUUCUAUAAUUUCAAGUUGAUAAACGAACGUCAUAUCAUUCAUCAGUAUGCUGUUCAACAAGGGUUUUGUAUGUAGCUGGUUUUUCCGGAAACAGCCCAAAUUCGAAUAUCGGUUGCGGUCCUUCAGCAACUGAUUCGGUGAAAUUUUUCACUUUUUUGAGAAAGAUAUUUGAAAACGUUUUCUGCAAGCCUGUAACAAAUUUUGUGUUACGUGUUUCUUCACUUUCAACGUGGGUAUCACAUGCGAAAUUCAAAAUGGCGGUUCAAAAUAUGCUACCAUGCAAAAGCUCAAAUUUAGCCAUAUAUUGUCGAUUUCAAUUUAAUACUGAACUCGCCCGAAUUGAAAUCCACUGUUUUCAAUUCAAUAUCUGUAAUUACUUAACUGCACAAUCUUUCUUUCGGAUUGUAAAGCAGCCUUGACGACUGAAAAAUAUAUGCUUUUCUCUUCCUGUUAAACUGAAAUAAGGACUGAAAAAUUCGGUCGUUAAAGUUAAUAUUAUAAAGCUAACAAUUUCACAAUUUUAUAGAUAGUCAGCCAGCAACGCGGUUUAUAUUAAUGUUAUACAGUUUAUUGUAUUGCCUGUGUUGCAGCCUGAUUUGUGGAGACGAAUUACACCCACGUUGCGGGAAAGGCAGUGCGGCGCCUCAUUGUGAAGAUCUGAAUGUUCACUACGAACUACCGUAUUUACUCGAGCUCGUUUGCAUGAGCGCCGCGGCGCUCUUUAAAUUUUCUGAGCAAUAGAUACGGCGCUCAUUCGGGGGCGGCGCUCUUAUUUGUGAAUUAUAACAAGAACUUUUAACAAUAAAAGAAACAAGUUUUAAAUGUCUUUGUCACUAAAAGUCCCCAUUUUGACGGCGGAAAGUUUUUGCACUGUUUAGUGCGGCGCUCAUUCGGGGGCGGCGCUCUUUUAAAAAAAAUUGAUCUCAAAUGCGGCGCUCAUUCGGGGGCGGCGCUCAAUCGAGUAUAAAUACGGUAAUUGGGAUCGGUUUUAAUGAAUUUUGAACAGAUGGCCGUCUUCAGCAAUGGUCUUCAGUCAAUAGAAUCUACAAAUAAACGUUUUUUAUCACUAUAUUAUAGAAAGUCAUUUUGUCUUUUCGCUUGUAUAAUUUCGAUGUUUAACAUUUCAAGAUAUUUUAUUCCAAUUUCAGUUUUUCCUUUUGACUGUUUUAAAGGAGAUAUCGAUUAAAUCGAUAUGAAUCUAAUAUUGAUUGAGAAUUGUUUUUCGGGUGACGUUUUAAAUUUUGCAGUCCACAGUUGAACUUGUAUAACAGCCUCAGUUAUAGAUUGAAAAGCAGUAUUGAAAAAUACUGUAUGUUAUUCAAUUUGUCAUAAAACAGUCGCUGUUGUUGAAACUCGAAAGAGAGACGAACUUGAUCCAAGUCUACUGUCCGCAUUGUGUCAUUACCAAUUGUCGGCAUGUUUUCCAUCCUUUCAUCCAUCACAUCUCAUAUUAUAUCUAUUUAACGUCCAUAUUCGUUUGUAAACAGCGCCUUGGCAUGAUAGCGUCUUAUUGACAUUAACUUCAUAAAGCUCUUGUAUCUGCCAAAUAUUUCCCAGUACGUUUAUCAUUUUGUUCGCGUCUUAUAAUCAUUACGCAAUUCAUGUAUUAUUCCAUGCGCAUUAUUAGUUGACAGCACUUCACAUGCAAAGUCUCGCAGUAGCGCAGGUGAAGAAAUGAGAAGAAAUUAAAGGGAAACUUUCCCGCAGAAAAAAUGUUUUUCUGGGGCCUUUUGAUCAUCGUCAGUUGUGGAUUUUGCCUUGGAAAUAGUGUUGGUAAGUAAAACAGUUAUUCUUACUUAUUUUGUACCUCCAUUUAUGAUUAUACCAUAAACUGGACAAGUUGCUUUCUUCUGAUGCCCAAAUGUUUAUGACAGUACUAACUUAAAUUUGAGCUGUGCGUUCCAGAAAUUUUAUCUCGAUUUCGGUCUUUUGGGGGUGGAAGAACCUUGGUUGGGUGUCGAUUUCGGUAUUUUUAAAUUACUUUGAAAUUAAAAAGGUACAACAAGUUUGCCUGCAUGACCACGGUGGGAAUCGAACCCGCUACAUUUGGGAUACUAUAUAGUCCAAUAAAACAAAAAACAAUAGACACUCCGAAAAUUGUAAACAUUUUAAUUCUUAAAUUUUUUAAUUUAAUUUUCGGAGUGUCAUUGUUUUGUGUUUUAUUAACAUACUCUGUGGCAACCGCAAUAUAGUCCAAUGCUCUGCCAAUUAACUGCAUGAGCUACGUGGCCAAGUCUGUUCGAGUGUGUGGUAUGUGUGUGUUUUGAUGUUAUGCGCUCAGGUGAAUAUAAUGUUUUUAAUGUUACUCUGAGUGUAUAACCACACCGGGCAGGCUGAAAAGUAAGCCUGACCACGGUGGGAAUCGUAUCCGCGACCUUUGGAACACUAGUCCAAUGUUCUGCCAACUGGGCUACGAGGUCAAGUCGAUUCGAGUUGGUGAUAAUUUCGGAACUCAGUCUAUAUAAUAGUUCCUUCCAUAUCAAUGUAUUCUAAGAUCAUAAUUUUUUGUGUGUGUGUUGGUGUUAUGUACUCAAGUGAAUAUGAUGUUUGUGAUGUUAUACUCGGAGUGUGUAUCCACACCGGGCAAGCUGAAAACAUUGAUAUAUAUCGAAGGAUCUAGACUCAGUUCCGAAAUAUCACCAACUCGAAUCGACUUGACCUCGUAGCUCAGUUGGCAGAGCAUUGGAGUAGUAUCCCAAAGUCACGGGUUUGACUCCCACCGUGGUCAGGCAAACUUUUCAGCUUGCCCGGUGUGGAUGCACACUCAGAGUAACAUCACAAACAUCAUAUUCACCUGAGUACAUAACACCAACACACACACAGCAAAUGAAACAAAAACACUUUAAUUUCGUCAAAAAUUUCAUUCCUCAAAAAAAUCCUUAAAGAGGUCAAAAUAAAUGUCCUCAGCUUAAAGAAAUUUCUUUAAAAGUGAGAACGCUGAGAAGCGUUGUGAAACCUUCUUUUGCGCAUGCUCAGUGCCGACUUACGGUGCUAAGAAAAGUACCGGACCGAAUAUUUCGGUCAGGCUCACAGCUCUAACUUAAAUUCUGAACUAUAAACUUGAUCCAACAAGCAUAUUUAGAUUCUCUUUCCUUGAGUCAUAUACAUAUAUAAAAGUCACUUUGUCAUGAGAAAGUUUUACUGAUCAUAUUUAUAUAUCACCGUAAUCGAACACCUUAUCAACAUUUUUAGCUCCGUUUCUAUCGUAAUUCUAACACUUGCUUCUGGGGCUAAAAUGGCAGAUUCCAAAACGUCCCCAAGCUGGUUGCCUGCUCGCAGCCUGGAAUUUAGAAGGGUAUAGCAGGCUACCAAGCUGGCCAUAUAGCAUGCUUUAAUCUUAUGUCUUCCGUAUUAAUGACUGCACUGCCCCAAAAUCAUUUGCAUAGCUGAGUGUAUUCCCUCAAAUUUAUGUCUUGCAUACUAAUGAGUACAAACGCACUUGAAAACCACUUGACGUUUGUACAAUUUCGUGCUGUAUACCUCUAAAAGUCGGCUACCCCGACGAAAAUAAAUUAUACACUAUUUAGAAUCACGAUAAUACAAAAAUAAACUAUAUAUACUCUGCUAUACUCUGGCAAGAGUUACCUUGUCACCUAAAAGAUCUCCCACACUUUUCGUUUUCAAGAAAAGUAAAACAAUUUUUGCUUAAAAAGUAUUAAGAAAAAUAACAAUUAGACUAUUGACUGCCAAUCUUUGUUUUUGUAUUGUGUGUGUAUUGUAUUUUGUGUCGCUGCAAUAAUUUUAUUCUCUUAUUAUAGCUGGAGCUAACUAGAAAACUUUAGUUUUCUUAGCUUCCAGUCACCUUAAGAAAUAUUUGAUCCUUCUUCUCUUUGAAUGAAUAUAUAUCUGGACUAUCAAGGGAAAAAUUUGUUUUCAAAAAAAAGGGGAAAAUAUCAAUUGUAAUUAACAAAAUAAGGUGAAUAAAAAAUUAUUGUAUUGUAUCAAUAUUUCGCAUAAAAUUAUUUUUCAUAUUUUCAAACAAUUUAGUUUCAUUGGUGAAACGAGCGUUAUAACCCUCUGAAAUGUUGCGCUUUGAACGUGAAAAUAUUUGCACGCAAGCUUGAACGCAAAUUGCAUGUAGGUCGAUACAUAAUAGGUGCGAUACUAUAACGCUACGCUCCAGUAAUAUAAUGGCCUUACAUUUUUAUUCGUUAAUUCAUAACUUGUUUUUAGAUGAUGGAAAUGCUGAAGACAUUGUCAGUAAGCAAAAGCUCACUCAGCCACAAGCACAAGAGUAUUGUUCAAAACACAAUGUAACUUUGCUUUAUUUCCAAAGCACUGUUAAUAUAAAGCUGCAGAAAGGUGGGCCGUAUUGGGCAGGCCUUGUGUAUAACGAAGUAACGAAGGAAUAUGAAUGUAGUGGUGAUUACCUAAUCACAGGCGUGGUUAAUAAGCACAAUGGUAAUAAAUGUGUUAUUGCGGAAAUGAAGGAGAAAAACAAAUCAUUUGUUCUACAAUCUUCAUUAUGUUGCGGAAACCUUACAUAUGCCAUUUGCAAGUCUCAAAAAGAUGGAGUUGCUAUAGAUACAGGUAAUUAUUGUUACUUUUUUCUGAAACUUUUUAUUUCAUUGUACUCUGUUAUUGCGUAUUGAACAAAAUGUUUCAAUACACCUUUGGUCUUUAAAGAACAGCGAAAAUAUCGUGGUCUUAUGGGCGAUUCCAACUUGAACUUUCAGUUUUCUUGUUUCUAGUGCUCUAUACCCAUGGAGCUAUAUAACCACAAUUUAUUCCAAAGGGGAUACAAACCUUUCAAACACCUUUGGCUCGUGCGAGAUUCGAACUGGAAACUUCGAAUUUCUUUUCAAUAUGAAUUUUUCCUCCUGUUGCAAAACUAUGCUUUGCUUCCUCCUCCCAUUAUUUUACUCUAUCAAAGGUUAUAGUUAUAUAUACGGAUUGAUAGUUUUAAUGCAGGAAAUGUUUUCGUGGCGAGAUAUUGACAUGCUUAUCGUAACAUGUCAAGCUUUGCAUAAUAGACUGAGCUAUCGUCAUGUAAUUUAGGGGCUGGUUAUAUGGUCCCGCUUACCCAGGAUUCAAUGAAGUGUGACGUAUUUUGAGCAAUUGAAAUACGUGUUUCAGCCCUAAACAAAAUUUAGGUAACUUUAAAUAUUGUUUAAACGAAAUUAGGAACGCGCUAGAAGUUAUAUGGUGGAAGAAGACGAUAAUUAAUAACAUUCAACAACAUUUGUUUUUUGUCCAAAAUAUGGAAUUUCAUACAAUUUGUAACAAGCAGUUUUGUUAGAUCAUGAACUGCGACUUAUUUCAAUUGCUCAAAAUACGUCACACUUCAUUGAAUCCCGGGUAAGCGGGACCAUAUAAACAGCCCCUUACAAUGUUCUUCAGUAAUUUUGUAAUGCACACAUGUAAUUUGUAUGUAUGCAUCUUUAUGUGCCAGAUCUAGUAUUUACGUUGUUGUUGAUUAAAUAAAUAAAUAUUGUACACUGAAAAACAAAUUGGUUGUCUUAGAUUCAUCGGUUGUCACAGAUGCUUCAUGGGCGGCGCAUGAAGCGGCUACAAGGGUAUGGUGCAGAAAGACGUUUC